AUGAUGAAACAAGAUUUCCUAGCUAUUGUAAGCUUUGCAUGUGAUGUUGUUGUAGAUAUGCCGUUGACUUUAAUGGAUGACAAUGGAAAGAACAAUGCAACAUACAUCAUCGAAAACCUCUACACAAGAGGAAGAACCGACUUGGGACUUGGAUUGAUGGAAGGACUUAGUGUAUUGAACGACAAAGACAACAAACAAUAUCGGGAUAUGAUUUUAAUAUUUACGGAUGGAGAAGUGAAUGAAGGAGAGAGAAAUGCUUCGAAACUGGUAGAGAAAUACAACGAGGCGACAAAGUCUCUAAAUAGAGCCUCUUGUGUACCUAUUGCUGCUUUCACUAUAGGACAAUACGUUCCAGAUUUUCUCAGAGAACUUUCUAGUCAUCUUGGAAGUGAUGCGUUUUAUUGGUUAAAUGAAGAAGAGGAUUUUGAAUCUGACAUGCUGUUGCCGAUCUUUCUCAGAGAGUCGACCCAUGUUACUGACAUUGCAAUAAACAUGGAAACACUAAACGGCGUUACGUUUAAUCAACGUAGUCUAUCCAGACCUCAUAUGAAGGAAUCCUCUGACACAAACUUGAAGUAUUUUAUCCACGGACUGCCAGUUGCAAUCAAAAAACAUAUUCCGUUCUCUCUGAUGUUGCCACAGGACUAUAUUGAGAAUUUGCUUGGUCAAAAGAUUGUGCACAUUGAAGUAACAUACUUGGAUGAAAGCAUGGAAUUUCAACAAUUUAAUGAUUAUAUUAAUUUAUCGAACAUCACGUUGAAUGAAUGUAAAAUGGGACCUAAAGAUGAAAGUGACGAGCCAAUGAAUGGAAUAUCUGCGUAUAUGGUGGUUCAAGAUACCAUUUAUCGAGUAUGGGAGGACUCUCAGAGUGCCCUAAUUGCCGUAGCGGAUGAGAAAUAUAGAAGGGCAACUUUAAAUGGAAUCGACAACGCGGAGAUUAAAUUGAGAAACGACGAUCGAGAAGGACAAAAAACGGUGAUUUUUCAUGCUACAAAUGAAAUCGUUUCCAUCAGAAAGACUUACAUUGUAUUGGUCGAGAUUGAUAGCUUUUAUGCAAAACAUUUGAGAGAUGGAGCCAAACACUGGAUUGCAAAACUUAAUACAGUGGGAACAUUAGAAAGUCUUGGACGCAUUUUUGCUCUGAAAUCAUCGAUAGAAACCGAAAUGCCAACUUCAAAAGGAGUUUUUGAAGACGUGGAAAACCAGCUAUAUUUACCUGAGCAGAUCGAAGAAAAACUAACUGAGAUUGAAUCGGAUGUCAAAGAAGAGAAGAAGAAAAGACAACUGAAGGGGAAAAAGUAUUUGCAUUCUGAAAUAUUUCAGUUGAAACCCACCAUUCACAGAAAUGAUAGUUUGGUUUCACUCCUAUCUUAGAAUCCAUGACAUAAUUUUCCUCAAGUUUCAAAUAUAACUUGACUUUAGAGCAUUUUUCUUCUUACAAACUGUUUUCUUCAAAAGUUUCUCCUGGAGAUGAUCAAAAUACUGAACACAUUCUAUCUCCACUUAUCAACAGUGCCCCAGAAGGUGUCAAGGUUACAAAGAAAAUAAAGACGAAAGAAAAUUUUGGAACAUCAAGGGUUUUUGAAGGCAAGACAUUGGUAAUAUCCGAAGCAUUGCGAGCUCACAAGGUCGGAGUAUUGCAAGAAUCCUACGCGGAAAUAAUAAUCAGAUGUGGCGGACGACCAUCUUACUUCAUUAUCACAAAUCCAUAUGAAAAACGACCGAAAUGGUAUGUCGAUAAAACAUUUGAUGAUCACGUUCUCAUCUGCGGAAAGAAAGACUUCAAGAAGGACUCGUUGUCAGUUCAUGAAGCUAAGAAAACCCAGAUUCCAAUAGUUCGUACGAAGUUUAUGUUUGACUGCAUCAGGAAGAAAGAAUUUCUCAAAGAGGAAAAUUA